AUGUCACUAACAGAUCUAUCUGAUUCUAAUAAUCCACAUUCCAGAGUGAUCCUGAGGACCAAGAGCUCCUUCGACCCUCUCAGCAGCUACAUCAACGCCAACUACAUUAGGGGUUACCUAGGCGAUGAGAAGGCCUACAUCGCCACCCAGGGUCCCAUGAUCAACACAGUGAAUGAUUUCUGGCAGAUGGCCUGGCAGGAAGACUGUCCUGUCAUCAUCAUGAUCACCAAGCUCAGGGAAAAGAACGAGAAAUGUGUUCUGUACUGGCCAGAGAGGCGUGGUAUCUAUGGCAAGGUGGAGGUGCUCAUUAACAACGUGACAGAGUGUGACAACUACACUUGUCGGACCCUCAACCUGAAGCAAGGGGCCCAGAGUCGUGUGGUGAAGCACUACUGGUACACAUCGUGGCCGGACCAUAAGACCCCAGACAGCGCCCAGCCCCUGCUCCAGCUGAUGAGAGACGUGGAGGAGGACAGGACGGGCUCCCCAUCGCAGGGACCCGUCAUCGUACACUGCAGCGCAGGGAUUGGCCGAACGGGCUGCUUCAUCGCCACAACGAUAGGCUGUCGUCAGUUGGAGAUGGAGGGAGUGGUGGAUGUGCUGGGGAUUGUGUGUCAGCUCAGAGCGGACAGAGGAGGUCUGAUCCAGACAGGAGAGCAGUACGAGUUUGUCCACCACGCCUUGAGCCUCUUCGAGACCCGCCUCUCCGCCGACACCGGCCAAUGAACAGAGGCCAGGAAGUUUUCGUUAAAACAUGCCAGGUUUUUCCAGGAAGUGGAUUUUAAUUCCCCCUAGCGGGAAGGACCUAUCUUGCCUGGUGACAGUGAGGUCAUGUGACUAAUGAGGAAGUGGAUGUUCGGGUGACGAUUGGAUGGUAGAUGUCCUUGUGGGCUUUGUCUUUGUGGACAUGUAUGGACAGCCUGGACUGCUAUUGGCUGAUUGAUUGAGUCUCCUUACAGAGAGAGAGAUGGAGGUGUGGACAGGUGAUUAUGUCUCUGAAUGUAAUGUAUCCUUUCUUCUCUUCCUCUCUUUCCUCCUCCUCUUCUUCUUCUUCUUCUUCUACUACUUCCUGUCAUUCGUGAGCAGCUCUGCUUCUGAAAACGUUGUUGUGAGCAACCUGCCUCUGUCCAAUCAAACUCUCUGAUACUGCAGCUCUGUCCAAUCAGAUUGCCUGAUAUUGAUUCUGUAGUAUACCUACACUCUGACCUCUUACUACUAUGUGCUACAGUAGAUGGGCAGGUAGUCUGUGGUCCUUGAAUCGUCCAUGGUGUUUCUAUUAAAAAGCAAAAGGUACGUUGUCGAAAUGAA